CAGCGUGCAUGUUUAAAAAAAAUCAUGUAACUCUUGAUCUGUGCAGGAUGGCAAACAGUGAUUAUUCAAUUCCUCUAGUUUAGUGUUUCAGAAGGAAGAAUGUCCUACAGUUAAAGUUGAUCAGUUUUUACCAUCUUAAUUAGAUUAACUGCUAUAUCCAAGACAAGAUUCACCUCUUCCAGGACACACUCGCCUUUAUAAAGUCAUUUGAUUAAGAAAGAAAUAGAAAUUUGGUGUCCUAAAUCUUUAUUUUAUUGGCACUUGGUAAUUGUCAUAAAAUCUGAACAAACCUUAUAGGUUAUUCCCCCUGUCAAGACAACCAAAACGAUGUAAAUUUGAUAAUUUUGUUGUGGUGUUUUAUAUCCAUAAUUCGCUCCUCUUAAUGAAGCUUCUGUUUUCACUGCUUAUGUCAUAUUAUUUAUGCUUGUUGUGUCAGCCACAAAAUGAGAUGGAUGAAAACAGGGCAUCAUUUAAUAUGAACAGAAGAAAUAGAUUUGAUCUGUGAAUAAUAAUAAUAAUAAUAAUAAAAUGUUUACUAGUUUAUUGAAUUUGUUAUGCUUUAAAGUGUCCACAGGAGGGCGCAGGCGAGUUUUUAUAGUGCAGCUGUCCUCGUCAAUCCUAGCGGAGCAGCUGAUAUAAUGGCACACAUGUCCACAGGAGGGCGCAGGCGAGUUUUUAUAGAGCAGUUGAGCUCGUUUCAUCGUCAUGUUGAGUUUCGCAUUACAAUCCUAACGGAGCUGCUGAUAUAAUGGCACACAUGAUUGGUGCACACAGUCCUGGUCACAACAGACCACAGAGCAUAGACGCACCUCCUACGUUGAGUGAUCUGAGGAUUGUUCUGCUGGGGAAGAGUGUGUCAGAAAACAGUGGAGUGGGAAACGUCCUGUUGGGACGAUCAGUGCUUGACAGUGAAGCUCAUCCAGAUGUUGUAGAGAAAGUCAGAGGAACACUGAAGGACAGACAUGUGAUGGUCAUCAACAGUCCUCAGCUGCUCCAGUCAGAUCUGUCACUCCGUCACAUCACACAGACAGCGAGAGAGUGUGUGUCUCUGUCUGAUCCAGGACCUCAUGUCUUCAUACUCGUACUGCAGCACAAUGACUUCACUGAAGAAGACAGAUACAGAGUGAAAAUUAUCCUGAAAGAAUUCAGUGAAGAGGCGAUUAAACGCACUAUAGUGAUCACGACUGAUGAAGAGACACAUGACGCUAAAGGUGCUCCUGUGAAAGUUAAUGAAUUAAUUCAACAGUUCAACACUGAAUGUGGAGGAGGACAUCUGCAUCUUGAGCAUGAAACAGAGGAAUGGUGCUCUAAAAUACUGCAACGAAUAGAGAAGAUCCUCAGAGAAAACAGUGAAGAAUUUCUCACUUGUGAACUAUAUGAUUAUGCAGAAGGAUCAUCAGUGGAUGAAGAUCCCAACAGAUCUUUUGCUUCUCUCAGAACAGAGGAGGAAGAGGAAGAUUCUGAUGCAGAUGAUGAUGGAAAACACCAAGAAACUCAUACAGAGAAAAAGGAAGCAAAAGGUUUUCUUCGCAAUAUACCACUAAUGUCCUAUUUUAGUAAUCCAGACACCAGAUCAGAGCAUUAUCAAGCAAAGAGAGGUGUACGUGUGAGCAGAAAACAGAAGCUGUGUGUUGUGUUGUGUGGAAGUGAUGGAAGACUGAAGGCCUCUGUAUCAAAACUUAUAAGAGGAAAAAAGAAGUUUCUUCCCCCUUUACACCUGAAAGAGAAAGAGUGUGUGAGGAGAGAUGUGGAGCUUCAUGGACAUCUGAUCAGUCUGGUGAAGCUUCCAGCUCUCAAUCAUCUCUCAGAGGAGGAAGUGAUGUGUCAGACUCUCCGCUGUGUGUCUCUCUGUGAUUCUGGAGUUCAUGUUUUCCUCUUCAUUAUUCCUGAUGCUCCACUGACUGAUGAAGAUAAAGCAGAAAUGGAGGAGAUCCAGAGGAUAUUCAGCUCAAAAAACAACAAACACAUCAUGAUCCUUAUAAUCCAAGAGAAGAGCAUGCUUAGUAAACUGAUUAGCAGUAAAGGUAGACCACAUAAUACUUCAGAGUCUCUUCAAACAUUUGGAGGUCAUUGUUUUGUUCUGGAGAACAGCUCACAGGUUCCAGAUCUACUGCAGGAUGUAGAGAAUAUGGUACAGGAGAACAAAGGAAGUUCCUACACAACAUUCAUGUACCUUCAGGAUCAAGUAGAACUGGAGAGAAACAAACACAGAGCUGAAAUAGAGGAACUGAGAAAAUCAAUGGUAACUCAAUCAGGUUUAACACACAUUGAUGUUAGUGUGAGGAUUGUUUUGCUGGGAAAGACGGGUGUUGGGAAGAGUGCAACAGGAAACACCAUACUGAGAAAGACAGCUUUUAAAUCAAAACUGACUUCACGCUCAGUGACCCGAGAGUGUCAGAAAGAAAUAUCUGAAUUCAACAAAAGAUGGAUCACUGUGAUCGACACUCCAGGACUGUUUGAUACUGGAGUUGAUAAUGUUGAGACCAGGAAGGAGAUUGUGAAGUGUGUCUCAAUGGCGGCACCUGGUCCACAUGUGUUUCUGCUGGUGAUUCAACUGGGACGAUUCACUCAAGAGGAGAAAGAUGCCGUGAAGAUGAUCCAGGAGACUUUUGGAGACAAAUCCAGAAUGUACACCAUGGUGCUUUUCACUAGAGCAGAUGAACUUAGAGGAGCAAGUGUUGAAAAUUUUAUUGAAGAUGAUGAUAGUUUAAAGAACAUUGUCCAGCAGUGUGGAAAGAGAUACCAUAUGUUCAACAACAUGGAGACUAAAGAUCGAAAACAGGUUUCUGAGCUGCUGGAUAAGAUUGACUGUAUGGUGAAAGCAAAUGGAGGGAGUUUCUAUACCAAUGGGAUGUUCCAGCAGGUGGAGAAAAACAUCAAAGAACAACAAGAGAGAAUCAUGAAAGAGAAAGAAGAAGAUAACAUGAGAAAAGAAGAGCAGCUGAAAACCAAAUAUGAAGCUGAAAUAGAACAAAUGAAGAAAGAAAAUGAGAUAGAAAGACAAGAGAUGCAGAAUGAACUGAGAAAAAGUGAAGUGGAAUUCAAAAAGAAAGAAGAGGAGAUCAAGAAAGAAAAGGAUGAAAACCUACAAAAAGAGCUGCAGAGAAAACUAGAGGAGCAGCAGAAACUGUUUGAAGAGGAGAAUAAAAGAAAAGAAAAGGCUUUAGGAGAACAGCAAGAGAACUUCAUAAAAUACCUGGAAGAAAAACAUGAGAAAGAAAAACAAAAACUCAAGGAGAAAAUUCAACGUGAAACUAGAGAACAAGCAGAGCAUGAAUAUCUUGUAAAACUUGAGAGAGAAGUAGCUAAUGCUUUAAAAGAAGCUGAAGAAAAUCUACCAUGUAAUGCAAAACGAGCUCGUGACUGGAGUCGGUAUGGAAGUUUUCUAGGAGCGGCGGCUGGAAGUGUUGUUGGUUCUUAUGAAGACAUUGUGUGCUGGAUUAUCAGCUUACGUUCUAAACGUCAAUCUCAAAUUGAAUCUGAAGGUGCAGCAGUGGGUGGUGAAGAAAUAACGCCCAGGAUGGACUCGAUCAUUCAGCAGAAUGCAGAAAGGAGAGGAAGAGAGUUACAGAGACAGCGAAGUACAAGUGAUGAACGUCCUAACAAGAGACAGCGACAGCGAAGUACAAGUGUUGAACGUCCUAAUUUGUCACUGAAUGUCUCUGGAAAACAAAAGCUGAACCUGGUGCUGUGUGGAAGUGAUGGAUCACUUACAAUCUCUGUGUCAAAACUAUUACGAGGGAAACCGAUAAAUCCUUCACAUCAGAGAGUGAACAGUGGAGAGUGUGUGAAGAGAGAGGGGAUGAUAGAUGGACGUCUGAUCAGUCUGGUGGAGCUUCCAGCUCUCAGCCAGCUCUCAGAGGAGGAAGUGAUGCGUCAGACUCUCUGCUGUGUGUCUCUCUGUCAUCCUGGAGUUCAUGUUUUCAUCAUCAUUGUUCCUGCUGGGUCUCUGAUGGAUAAAGACAAAGCAGAAAUGGAGAACAUCCAGAAUAUAUUUUACUCCAGAGAACAUUUCAUAGUGCUUUUUACAACAGAGAUCACUGUUGACAGAGCAGUGACUGAGUUUGUCCAAUCCAGCCCAGAAUCUCAGAGGUUAAUCAGUCUCUGUGGAGGGCAGUUCAGAGUGAUGGGGUUAAAGGAGCCUGAAAACUCAAAACAGAUUCCAGAACUGCUGGAAUAUAUAGAGAACAUGAAGACUGAACCAUAUUCACUUCAGAUGUAUGUGAAAGCUCAAGAGAACAGAGUCAGACGUGAAACAGAGGAGAAAUAUAAAGAAGAACUGAAGAGAAUGGAGGAUGAAAUCAAAGAGUUAAAGCAGAACAUUCAUUUAGAAGGUGCUGAAUGUUCAGAUUAUCUGAAGUUUUUGAGGAUUGUGCUGAUCGGAAGAACAGGAAAUGGAAAGAGCGCAACAGGAAACACUAUUCUGGGAAGAAAUGAGUUUGUGAGUCAACCAAGCAUGGAUUCAGUGACGGCUGUUUGUGAGAAGGGAGUUGGUGAAGUUGAUGGUCGAUUAGUAGCUGUUGUUGAUACUCCAGGUCUCUUUGAUACGACAAUGACAAAUGAUGAAAUGGUGGAUGAAAUAGUGAAAUGUGUUUCACUGUCAUCACCUGGACCUCAUGUGUUUGUCAUUGUGUUGACUGUGGGAAGAUUCAUCCAGGUGGAAGCAGACACUUUGGAUCUGAUAAAGGAGAUAUUUGGACAUAAAGCUGCUCAGUUCAGCAUCAUUCUGUUCACUAGAGGAGACGAGCUUGGGAAUGAGUCUAUAGAAGAUUAUGUGAAGAGAGGAAACAAUGCAGACCUGAAGAAACUGAUGAGAGAUUGUGGAAACAGAUUCCUGGCUUUCAAUAACAGAGAAAAACAAGACAAAACUCAAGUGAUUCAACUGUUAAACAUGAUAGAAGAGCUGAAAAAUACUAAUAAGGGUCGAUACUUUACUAACAGAAUGUUUGAGGAGGCAGAGAUGUCCAUUAAAAAGAGAAUGGAUGAAAUACUGAAAGAGAAAGAGAGAGAGAUUCAGACUCAGAAAGAAGAAUUACAAGCCAAAUAUGAGAGAGAAAUGAAAGACAUGAUGAAGACACUCGAGGAAGAGAAACAAAGAGCAGAGGAGGAGAGAAAGAAAAUGCUGAAUCAACUGAGAGAAAAAGAGGAAAAACUCAGAAAAGAGUUUGAAGAAAAAGAGAAAACAGAACAGAAGAUUCGAGAGAUUGAAACCCAGAAACAAUCAGAAGAGGAAAAACAGCAAAGAGCUGAAUAUCAUCAAAAAAUAGAAGAAAUGAAGAGAGAGAUUGAAAAUCAGAGAUCACAGUAUGAAAAACAACAAAAAGAAAAAGAAGAAGAAGAUAGAAAGAGAGAAGAGAAAUACAGACAAGAUCAAGAAAAGAUGAAAAAUAAACAAGAGCGUAUUAUUGCAGAAUUACAGAAAAAACAGGAAAAAGACAUAAAAAAGAGAGAUGCAGAGGAAAGAAAGAGGAUCAAACAAGACGAGAGAGAAAGACGAAGAUGGGAAAGAAAAAUAAAAGAUGCUGAAAAUGACAAAAAAGAGAUUCAAGAGGAAAUUAAACGACAGCAGAGAGAAUGGGAGGAUGAAAAGAAACAACAGAUGAGAGAUCGAGAGGAAGAAGAAAGAAAGAGAAAAGAGAAACACGAGAAACAACUGAGAGAAAAACAAGAAGAACUGGAGAAAAUGAAAAAGAGAUUUGAAAAAGAGAGAGAAGAAAAAAGACAGAAGAUAGAGGAGGAGAGACAGAAACAGAGAAGAGAAAGAGAAGAAAAAGAGAGAGAAUAUGAAGAAAAGAAAACUGAAAUGGAAAGAUAUUAUGAACAACUGGAACAAGAGAGAAAAGAGGAGUGGGAGAGAAGAAAACGAGAUGAUGAGGAGAGACGAGAAGAAGAGAGAAAGAGAUCGGUGAGAAUGAUUGAAGAUCUAAAACGAGAACAAGAAGAGAUGAAGAAAAGAGAAGAAGAGGAUAAGAAGAGAAAAGAACAAGAAGAGAAAGAGAGAGUAAUGAAACCGAAACAUGAAGGGAAGAUAAAACUCAUGAAGAAGAAACAUGAAGAUGAAGCCAGAAAACAAGCAGAAGAAUUUAAUGAUUUCAGAGAGAAAAAAGAGCAACACAUUCAGGAGCUUCAACAGAUGCUGGAUGAACGUAAGAGACAACAUGAACUAAUGGAAAAACAAUAUCAAGAUCUGCAGGUUCAGAAAGGAGAAGAAAUAAAAGAACUACUACAAGAAGUUGAAAAACUGAAAAAUAAAUCAGGCAAAUGUGUCAUUUUGUGAUAUUUCUGCAAAACGAUAUUAAUGAUUCUUUUUUAUUAUUAUAGUUACCUACAAUUUUUAGAGGUCAGUAGUGUUACAAACCUGGUCUAAGUUCAGGGAGGAACAAUAAAGAAAAAAGCCUGUAACAUUUCUUUGCCAUUUCCUUGAUUUUAUUUUCACCCAUCACACCACUCAAAUUAGAAGCAUUCAGUCCAAGGAAGAACAAAAAAAAUAAAGGUUUCGGUUUAUACCCUAUCUGCAAUGUACUGUAUUAAGGUCCUAGGCCAUUGAAUGAUUUAUAAACAAGUAACAGUACCGUAAAAUCAAUUAUAUAUGCAACUGGAAGCCAGUGCAAGGACCUGAGGACUGGUGUGAUAUGUUCAUAUUUUCUGCUGUUCUGAAUGAGCUGCAGGCCAGUGAGGAGUCUAUUACAAUAAGAAAGAAGCCUGUAACCGUUUUUACCAUUUCCUUGUCAUUAUUUUCACUUGUUACACCACUCAAAUUAGAAACAGUCUGUUUAGGAUUUGGCAAGGAUAAACAAAAUAAAAGAUGCCACUGACUAAACGCACAAUUACCAAAUAACCUAAGUGAAAAGUAAAAUAUAAUAAAAUAAAUAAUAAUUAUUAUUAUUAUUUAUAGUGGACUUCCCUCUGGCUUAAUGUCUGGAACAGAACAGAAUGCAGUUAUAUUUGCACAAUUUACAGUAAAAUCAAAUCAGUACAAGGGAAAGAAAGAAAUAAGCAUACAAGAACUGUAUAAAAUAAAUUGCUCUACACCAGAAAAUAAGAACACUUUCUUUCUUUCAAGCACUGAAAGAAAGAGAAAUAAGAACACAAACUACAACUUUCUUCAGCCACAGCCUUAGAUGAACUGAAGAUAAAAGACAUUAAAUCUCU